AUGAAGUUCCUUAGUCAAGUGUGCCUAUCCGCAGCUCUGCUUUUGUCACAAUGCAGUGCUUUCAGCCCUCUUGCCUCCACUAGUCGACAAACUACUAUUGUGCAAGAUGCAAUGAAAUCGCAAUGGACAAUGAUGCCCGAUGAGCCAACACCUGAGGUUGAUCCUCGGCGCAAGAACCCUGAUGAGCAACCACCAUCUCCCCCUGUUCGAAUGCCCGUCAUUGAUACUGAAAAGGGUCAAAUGGAUGUCAUUAGUCGAUUGUUGAAAGAUCGUAUCCUAUUGCUAGGACAAGGAGUUGACGAUGAAGUCGCAAACGUUUUGGUUGCCCAGCUUCUUUACCUUGCCAACGAGGACCCAGAAAAGGAUAUUACUUUGUACAUCAACUCUCCAGGUGGAUCUGUUUCUGCCGGUAUGGCCAUUUACGAUACCAUGCAAUACGUUCCAUGCGAUGUUUCCACUGUCUGUUUCGGUAUGGCUGCUAGUAUGGGCGCCUUUUUGUUGGGUGCCGGUGCCAAGGGAAAGAGACGAGCACUUCCAAACUCCAGAAUCAUGAUCCACCAACCUCUAGGAGGAGCCCAAGGUCAAGCCGCCGAUAUCGAAAUCCAAGCAAAGGAAAUCCUUUUCAUUCGUGAAGUUUUGAACACUUACAUCGCUGAAUACUGCGACCAACCAAAGGACAAAAUUGAAGCCGAUUGCGACAGAGAUUUCUUCAUGACUCCAGAGGAGGCUGUUGAUUACGGAAUCAUCGAUGAGGUUGUGAAGACAAAGACAAGCCACAUUGUCAAGCCUGAAAUGCCUAUCUUGUAA